GUAAAACGUGCGGCUGAGCCGAUGAAGCCGAGACCGGGAUUUAUUCGGAAGCAGCCGGCAGCCAGCUUCGCUGCAUUAUUGCCGGCGCUUUCUGCACCGAGGAGAUGGGGAAUUCUCUGGGCUGCGUUAAAGAGCCGAAAGAAAAGGCUGCCGGAAAGGCUCCCCUGCCCCCCAAAAAAAGGGUCCGUUUCAAACGGAGGCGGAGGGGGAAGAAGAGAGCGGUGCCAGCAGUGGCCGCGGAGGAGGACCAGCCGGCCAUGGACGUGGCUGAGGACGACGAGGCUCUGAAGUUGGAGGCAGCCCCGCGGCAGGAGGGCGGAGAGGAUCCUGCCGGGAGCCGGCACCGAGGGGCUCUGCUGCCGGGGGUGGGGCCCGGCCUGGGGUGCAUCGUGCAGGUGAAGGAGAGGUUUCAGGGGGAAGUUCAGAAAGCUCACCUGGUGCUGGAGCCGCGGCGACGAGGUGCGGAGGUGGCGGGGGAUUCCCCGGAGGAGGGCACGACCGUCAUCGCCCGGCUGCUGGAGAACCCCGCUGAGCAGGGCUGCGAGAAGGCGGUGAGCUGCCUGGUCCAGCUGCAGCGCAGCGGCACGGGCAGCAGCAGGGCCGUGCUCCUGCCUCUGCGACAGGGCACCGAUGGCCUCUGGAGCCACACGGAGGGGCUGCUGUCCCCAGCAAACUCCAUGUCUGGAGGGGAGCCAGCGGAGAGCCAGGAGCUGGGAGCCAGCGGCACCCCGGGGACCUGGGGGAGAGGAGACAGCGGCGAGCAAAGUUGGAGCGCUGCAUGGACCUGCACCUCUGCUGCGGAGCCAGGCACCAUUUCGGAGCUGUCUACGCCGUCCCCCAUGGUGGAUCAGCUGGAAAACCCCAGUGUGGGGAAGGCACUGGGGUUGCCAUUGUACCAGGCCGGGCAAGGCGAUGGGCACAGGCUGCCGGCCUCCCGCAGUGAGUCCUCCUUUGGCGGCACAGCGCGCUGCUCCUCGGGGUAUGGCAGCGACCCGGCCAAGAGUGCUGGAGCUGGUGGGACCCUGGCAUCUCCUCCUGAAGGCAGACACAUGCCCGCUGCCCAGGGCCGGGCUCAGAUGGGGAGCUCAAGGACGGACAGAGGAAUGAUCUCCGACAUCUACAUCAGCGGGGAGUCGGGGGACAUGUCGGCCAAGGAGAAGCUGCUCCUGUGGACGCAGAAGGUGACCGCAGGGUACAUUGGUGUGAAGUGCACCAACUUCUCCUCGUGCUGGAGCGACGGGAAGAUGUUCAACGCACUCAUCCACAGAUACAGGCCAGAUUUGGUGGACAUGGAGCGGGUGCAGAUCCAGAGUAACCGGGAGAACCUGGAGCAAGCCUUUGAGAUCGCAGAGCGGCUGGGGGUGACGCGGCUGCUGGACGCUGAAGACGUGGACGUCGCGUCUCCAGAUGAGAAGUCUGUGAUAACUUAUGUGUCUUCAAUCUAUGAUGCCUUUCCCAAAGUCCCUGAGGGAGGAGAAGGGAUCAGCGCUAUCGAGGUCGAUUCGAGGUGGCUGGAGUACCAGACCCGCGUGGAGUCCCUCAUCUCCUGGAUCAAGCAGCACACGAUACUUAUGUCAGAUAAAUCCUUCCCCCAGAACCCUGUAGAGUUAAAGGCACUUUAUAACCAAUACAUACACUUCAAAGAAACUGAAAUUCCAGCGAGAGAGCAGGAAAAAGGAAGGAUAGAGGAGCUCUACAAACUGUUAGAGGUAUGGAUUGAAUUUGGGCGCAUCAAGUUGCCUCAGGGGUACCACCCCAACGAUGUGGAGGAGGAGUGGGGCAAGCUGAUCAUAGAGAUGCUGGAGCGCGAGAAGCUCCUGCGGCCAGCGGUGGAGAGGCUGGAGUUGCUGCUACAAAUCGCGAACAAAAUCCAGAAUGGUGCUCUGAGCUGUGAAGAAAAACUCACUCUUGCGAAGAACACACUGCAAGCUGACGCCGCUCACCUGGAGUCUGGCCAGCCGGUGCAGUACGAGUCCGACGUGGUCAUGUACCUGCAGGAGUGCGAGGGGCUCAUCCACCAGCUGCAGGUGGAUGUGCAGAUCCUCCGGGAUGAGAACUACUACCAGCUGGAGGAGCUGGUGUUCAGGAUCAUGCGGCUGCAAGACGAGCUGGUGACACUGAGGCUCGAGUGCACCAACCUGUACAGGAAAGGCCACUUCUCCACCCUGGAGUUGGCGCCUGCUUCCACGCUGAGCACCACGCACGUGAAGGGCGAGCCUCUGACCAAAGGGCUGCACACCUCCUCUGCCUCCUGGUUCCGGAAACCCAUGACCAGGACAGAGCUCGUGGCCAUCUCCUCUUCCGAAGAUGAAGGCAGCCUCCGCUUCGUGUACGAGCUGCUAGCCUGGGUGGAGGAAAUGCAGAUGAGGCUGGAGCGGGCAGAGUGGGGCAGCGACCUGCCGAGCGUGGAAGCCCAGCUGGAGGCGCAGCGGCACAUCCAUGCCAGCGUGGAGGACUUGGGCUCCAGCGUCAAGGAGGCCCGCGUGUAUGAGGGUAAAAUGUCUCAGAAUUUCCGUGCCAGCUACACAGAGACGCUUGGCAAGCUGGAGACACAGUACUGCAAACUGAUGGAAACCUCGAGCUUCCGACUGAGACACCUGCAGAGCUUGCAUGGGUUUGUGUCUCGGGCCACUGCUGAGCUGAUUUGGCUGAAUGAGAAGGAAGAAGAGGAGCUGGCAUAUGACUGGAGUGACAACAAUCCAAACAUUGCAGCCAAGAGAAACUACUUCUCGGAGCUGACGAUGGAGCUGGAAGAGAAGCAGGACAUCUUGCGGUCCCUGCAGGACACAGCUGAGCUGCUGUCCCUGGAGAACCACCCCGCCAAGCAAACUGUAGAGGCCUACAGCGCUGCUGUGCAGACUCAGUGGCAGUGGAUUAAGCAACUCUGCCUGUGUGUGGAACAGCACGUGAAGGAGAACGCUGCCUAUUUCCAGUUCUUCAGCGAUGCCCGGGAGUCGGAGACGUACCUGCGCAACCUGCAGGACUCCAUCAAAAGGAAGUAUUCUUGCGACCACAACACGAGCCUGACACGGCUGGAGGACCUGCUGCAGGACUCCAUGGACGAGAAGGAGCAGCUCAUCCAGUCAAAGAGCUCCGUCGCCAGCCUGGUGGGCCGCUCCAAAACCAUUGUGCAGCUCAGGCCCAGGAACCCGGAGCACCUCGUGAAGAGCACGAUCCCCAUCAAGGCUGUCUGUGACUAUCGGCAGAUCGAGAUCACCAUCUGCAGGAACGACGAGUGCGUGCUGGAAGACAACUCCCAGAGAACCAAGUGGAAGGUGAUCAGCCCCACAGGGAACGAGGCCAUGGUGCCCUCGGUGUGCUUCUUGAUCCCCCCUCCCAACAAAGAGGCCAUCGAGGUGGCCAACAGGGUUGAACAAUUGUACCAGAAAGUGAUGGCUCUCUGGCACCAGCUCCACAUGAACACAAAGAGCCUCAUCUCCUGGAACUACCUGCGGAAGGACAUCGCCUUGGUGCAAAGCUUCAGCAUGGAAAAGCUCAGAUCCCUAGCUCAAGGGGAGUGCCAGCAAGCCAUGAGGAGCCUCCAGGCGCACUACGAGGACUUCCUGCAGGACAGCCGGGACUCGGAGCUCUUCUCGGUGUCAGACCGGCUGCGCUUGGAGGAAGAAGUGGAGUCUUCCAAGGAACACAUCCGACAGCUGCUGGAGUCCAUGGAGAAUGAAGACAAGGAUGAGACUGUUGCCAGAACGUAUCUCUCUGAGCUCAAGAACAUCCGUCUGCGCCUGGAGGAGUGUGAGCAGCGACUCGUGAGCCGCAUCCAGUCCCCCAGCAGCACCCGAGCAGAUGGUGAUAGCAUCCAGGAGAACAUCCUCCGCAUCGCCGAGCAGGAGCGUGUGCAGGAGGAUCUGCAGAGGCUCAAAUCCGACCUGCGGUACGUUUCUGAGAGAUGUUACAGCUUCCUCGACAAAGCUCCUGCUGGGUCCAGCACGCCACAUUUGCGUUCUGAACUUGACUUGGUGGUGAACAAGAUGGACCAGAUGUACGGGCUGUCUUCCAUCUACCUGGACAAGUUGAAGACAGUUGAUGUCAUUAUUCGUAGCACCCAAGGAGCAGAGUCUCUGGUCAAAGGAUAUGAGGUCAAGCUGAGCCAGGAGGAGGCUGUCCCAGCUGACCUGACAGCUAUUCAGUCGCACAGAACUGCCCUACAGCAAUGGCUUGGGGAAGUGAAGGAUAAGAGCUCCGUGUUCUCCGUGCUCAAGGAGGAGAUGGCAAAGGCGAAGGCAGUGGGGGAGCAGCUGUACCAGCUAAGGCAGGAGCGCAGCAUCGACCUCGAGCGCUUUCAGGAGAAGGAAAGCCAGCUGUGGGAUCGCUGGCAGAGAGUCUGCACCCAGAUUGAGACCCGCCACACAGAGCUGGAAAGCAUCCAGGAGGUGCUGAGCGAUUACCGGCAGUGCCACAGCGCCCUAAUCCAGUGGAUCGAGGAGAUCACCAUCCAGCAGGAGCUGAUGAAACCUGGGCAGGCGGAGGACAGCCGGGUGCUGUCGGAGCAGCUGAGCCAGCAAACGGCUUUGGCAGCAGAAAUUGAGAAAAAUCAAGCCAAACUGGACCAGUGUCAGAAAUUCUCCCAGCAAUACUCGGCUGCUGUCAAGGACUAUGAGUUGCAGCUCAUGACAUACCGGGCAUUUGUGGAGUCACAGCAGAAGUCCCCCAUGAAACGUCGGCGCAUGCUCUCAUCCUCAGACACCAUCACGCAGGAGUUCAUGGAUUUGCGGACUCGCUAUACAGCUCUGGUGACACUAACCACACAGCAUGUGAAGUACAUCAGCGAUGCUCUGCGGCGCCUGGAGGAAGAGGAGAAAGUAGUGGAGGAAGAGAAGCAGGAGCAUGUGGACAAGGUGAAGGAGCUCCUGGGCUGGGCCUCGGGCUUGAGGCAGAGCGUGCAAGGCAGGACGGCUGCUGCCAGGAGCAGCAGAGAGCUGGGCGACAUCGAGAAGUCCAUCUCAGAGCAGCAGGCCCUCAAUGAGGAGCUGGCUGCGAAGAAGGAGCAGGUCUCUGAGGCCAUCAAAACUUCACAAAUCUUCCUGGCAAAGCACAGCCACAAGCUUUCCCAUCAGGAGAGGGAACAGAUUUCUGCUCAGAUCGCUGCUCUGAAGGACACCUACCAGGCGCUCUGCAGUGACUCCUCGGAGCAGCUCCAGCAGCUCCAGAGCCAGCUGGCUCAGGAGACAGAGCACAAGGGCAGUGAAGCAGUGGCGGGAGUGAUCGAUCUUGGCACAGUAGAAAUAUUUCCUGUCUUUGGUGCCAUGCAGAGAGGUCUUAUAGAUCAGGAUACUGGCCUCGUCCUCUUAGAGGCUCAGGUUAUCACAUCCGACUUAGAUGUUCCAGAGACCUGUGAAAAACUCUCCUUGGAGGAAGGUCUGGCAAGAAACAUCAUUGAUCUCAGGACAUUCCAGGUGCUGCAGGAAUUGAAGGAUGCUCUCCAGCAGGUGGAUGAAGUCCGACAUGAAGGGAGACAGCUCCUACCUGUCGCUGCUGCGAUAGAAGAGGGGAGAAUUAGUGAGAGCAUUGGGCUAAAGAUUCUUGAGGUUGAACUUGUCACUGGGGGCUUUAAAACCCCUCAGGGCAGAAUCAGCAUGGAGACAGCUGUACAAGAAAGGCUUCUUACCCCACAGCUUUAUUCCAGACUGCUGUCUCACCUGGAAUGUGGCAAGGAUUUGAUUGACCCCAACACUGCAGAGAAAAUCAGUCUUCCAGAGCUCAUGCACCGAUGCAUCAUCCACCAAGAGACUGGACUGAGGCUGCUCCCAGUCAAGCAGCUGGCGGGUGGGAUGGUGAGCUUGAAAUCGGGCAGAAAAGUCAGCAUCUUCCGUGCUGUCCAGGAAGGGCUAAUAGACAGACAAGUAACAGUGAGAUUGCUGGAAGCACAGCUCUUUGCUGGUGGCAUUGUUGACCCCAGGACAGGGCACAGGCUGACUGUGGAUGAGGCUGUGAGACAUAAUUUAAUUGACCAGGAUUUGGCAUGCACACUUCUAAUCCGGCAGCUUCAGACAGGUGGCAUCAUUGAUACAGUCACAGGAGAGAGACUGACAAUUGAUGAAGCUGUAAGGAAAGAGUUGGUAGCACCAAGGAUUGCAUUGGUGGUCCUGGAAUCCCUCUGGUCCUUCAUGGGGCUCCUGUGGCCAGAGACAGGAGAGAUCAUCCCAGUUGCAGAUGCUUUAGAGCAAGGAAUUCUGUCCACAGAGCUGGUUUGCAAGAUUCUCAGCAAGAGGCAACUCAUUAAGGCUGUGUUUAUACCAGAAACCACAGAGGUGUUGUCCUGGAGGAAAGCAGUUGACCAUGGCAUCUUAGAGAGAGAUGUGGCAAAGAAGCUGAAAUCAACAGUCAUACCUGAUGUCAUGGCCAGCAUGCAGCUUGCUGGCUCUCCAAGCAGAAGCAGGAAUGGCCAGAGCUCCUCUGGAAAGAGCCCCACAGGUCACAAAGAGCAAAGUGACCCUCUGCUAAGGAGUGAUGACGAAAGGCUGAUGUUCCACUUGAUGACCCACAGCUACAUCAACAUCCACGAUGGCCAGAAGCUGCUCUUGGUAGAUGGAGAGUUGAACAAUCUCACUAAAGCCCUCAUCCAAACACAAGAAAAUGGAUCCUGUGAACAUGUGUUGGAAGGGAGUGAAGGCUUUGAGGAGACAAAGGCAAAAGCAGCUCUUGAAAGAGAGCCUUGCAACGGUUUGGCUUUGCAGCAGCUUGAGUUUCAAUUCGCUCCUUCAAAAGAGCAAAGCGAAAAGGUCCUGCCACCCAGAACUGCUUUGGAGAAUGGAGAAGUGGUGAUGGGACCUGGAAGCCACCCAUUGGAGGAUGCAGAAGAUAUCCUGCUUGUGGAGGAGCAAGGGCAGAUUUACACUGAACAGGCUACCUUCAAAAGUGAGACUGAAUCCAAACUUGGUAGAGAGCAAAUCGCUUCUAUAAGCAAGGACAAACAUCAGGUAAAUUUAUCUGUGCCAGUACAUCCCAGUGAUUCUGGUAGUGGAUUCAGAGAAACAGAAGAAACGACAAUUGAAGCAGAAGAGUCCAAGCCUAUUAUAGUAGGUGGAGUGGAAAAUAUCAAAGAUCAGAAGAGGACAUUGGAAGCUGGGGCAGGUGAUGUGAAAAGUGAAAGCCAUAUGUUGGUGGGUAUUUCUGAAAGAAGAGAGAGACUGGAAAUAAUGGCAGAGAGGUCUCAGCAUGUGGAGAAACCUGAAUUAGAGGUGGAGGACGUUAGGAAGAUUUAUUUGCUAAAAAAGGAAACGAUACAGAAUGGCAAGGUGGGAGGAGAGGAGAUUGUGCUCCCUAGAACUGGAGAGGCUGAGCAAACGGAGAGGCACACUGAAAGCAUUGAAGGUGUAUUGAAAGUGGAGGAAGGAGAGAGGAAAGAAGUGGCAGGUGAUGAGUGUAUUGAUGACACAUCCCUGCCAGCCCCUACAGAGCAGGAUGAGGAGGACACUUUGGAAAUGUUGUUAAUGCAGCUCCAAAGUGGUGGCAUAAUCCAUGAGCAGACAGGCAAGACUCUUCUUCUAAAUGAAGCAGUAGCCUGUGGAGUGGUGCCUGGCCACACAGCUGUGAAACUGAUGGAGAAGAUGAAGAUGUUCAGUGGCUUCUUUGACUCACAAACAUGUGAAUCAUUAACCACCGAGGAUGUCAUUGAAGAAGGUUUAAUGGAUGAGAAGCUUCUCCAGAAAGUUCUUGCAUCUGACAAAGCCAUAAGUGGUGUUCUUGACCCAGGCAAUAACUUUGUCUACUCUAUCAAGGAUGCUGCCACAGUUGGCCUUCUGGACAAGGAGACGGCAAUGAGGAUCUUGGAAGGGCAGGUGGUUACUGGAGGGAUUGUUGACUUGAAACGUGGCAAAAAAAUAUCAGUCACGUUGGCUUCAAAUCUUGGCCUGAUAGAGCCAACUGGUCAGAAAGAGCUGGUCAAGCUGGAGAAGGCUUCCAAAGGGAAAAGCACUGAUGAGGCAACCAGACAGAAGCUCAUUAGCUUGCAGGCUGAAACCAGCGGAAUUGUCGAUCCCAAAACCAAGCAUCCUUUGACUGUUGCGCAGUCUGUUGAAAAAGGGCUCCUUGAAAAGGAAGAAGCAUUUCAGCUCUUGACCAAGCAGAUUGCAGAUGGAGGAAUAAUUCAUCACAUGUCUGGAAUGAGGCUUUCGGUAAAUGACUCGAUGAAGCACAAUUUGAUCAGUCAAGAUUUAUGUAGUGAACUCGCAAAGGCUGAGGGCGUGUGCCUGCAUGAAUACGUUCAUCCAGUAACAAAGGAGAAGGUGCCCUUGCCCCAGGCAGUAUCAGUAGGGCUUGUUAGUCCAGACUUCCAGAGGAAAGUGCAAGAAAUCCAGGCCGGGGGUGGAAGCAUCAUCGAUCCUGCUUCUGGCCAGAGACUGGCGCUCUGCCAGGCAGUGAAGGAGGGCUUGCUGCCCAAGCAGGUUGUGGAGAAAGUCCUGGCAUCUCCAGAAGUGAAACAAGGCAUUGUAGACCCUGAGAACUGCAUGCUCGUGCCCUACUCAGAGUUCAUAAAGAAGUGUAAAAUUGACAUUGAAUCCGGUCAGAGGUAUUUGGAGGUCCAUCCCUUCAGAGCCAUCAAAGAUGAGGUGACAGGGAGCAAGCUGAUGUGUGCCGAGGCGGUGAAGCUGGGGAAGGUGGACCCUCUGCCCACACUGCGGUUGCUGCAGGCUCAGGCGGACAGCGGGGGGUUUGUGGAGGGCACCGUCAGUGAGAGGCUCUCCCUGAAGGCUGCUUUGGAGCAAGGGCUGCUGGAUGAGGAAAUGGCCAAAGUCAUCGCGACCAGCCAGAUGAGGGGCGGAGGAAUUGUUGAUGCUAGCAGUGGAAAAAGAUUGACUUUAAAGGAAGCUGUUGAAAAAGGCCUGAUUAGCCAAAAAUUAGCUACCACUCUUCUAGAUGCACAAAUAUCCGAAGACAAAUAUGGUUCUGAAGUCCUCAAAGCAGAUAAACCCCACCUUUUCCAGGAGAAAAUGGAAAAAACAUCUCCAGAAGAGGAAGGUGUGGUCCUCCCUACUAGUGCUACAAAGAAGCCCAAUGGUGCCGAGCACAAGGCCAGAUCUGAAGCUGCGAGCUGCAGCCUGGCUGGGGACGCAGCCACUGCUCCUGCCACAUCCCUGGCAAUGCCAAGGAAAGGGAAACCAGAACCACUUCCUCAAGAAACUCCAGGGCAUGGUGUCACACGUGAGCAACAAGGAGAGGUUGAAGUGGCUCCAGAAUACCCCUUAGUAUUAGGCACAGCAUCUCUCUCUGAAGGGACAGCAGUGAUAAAGGCUAUGGAGAAGGGGGUUGCAAAAAGCAGCUCCCUUGUGAGAGUGGCCUCGGGGCAGGAAUCAAGAGGGGAAGCAGCAGAUCAGGGGAUGGGGAAAGUGGAAGAGCUGGGGUUCAAGGAACAGCAGUUGUUCCUUGACACAGAGGUGCCUCACGGUGCUGAGGGCGGUACGGGGAGGAGCAGGGAGGGGGUUCUUAGUACAGGGGGGGUUGUGGCAGAGGAAGAAGGUGCAGUGAGGGGACAGCAGGCAGCAGGCCUGGAUCAGGCAGUACAGGCAGCCCCGAGGAAAGCUGUUUCUGUGGGUCAUGAGAAGGAAGAGCUGGGUCCUACAACGUCCGGAGAGCCCCCUGAGACUGGUGUUCCUCUGAGGCUGGCAGGAGAUGAGCUUGCAGAUGGAAGAGCUGUCAGACACCCUGUAGGAGAAGCCCUGAGACUGGAUGCAGAAGCUGAUCAAGAAGUAGGUGAAACUGAGCGAAAACCUAUCCAAAAACAGAAAAGCAAGAAAAAGAAAACAAAGCAGAUUGGUAUCCCAGGGGACAGUGCUCAGCCAGAGAAAUCUUCAGUGGAAAAGCAGUCCCUUCCUACUCCAGUAUCCAAAGAAAUUCCAGGGAAGGAGGGGGACUUUGUCACAAGUGCUCUAGAACUGAAACUUGACAGAGCCACCAAGGCUGCUGUGGGGUUGGCAAAAGAUGCAGCCAAGCAAAAGCAGAUGGAGAGCAGCAGGGGUGACAAAGAGAAGAAGCCAAUUUCUGAGAAAGAUGAAGCAAUCCUCCCAGGGGGUCAGGUGCUCUCUGUUUUCCCAGAACAAGGGGAAGCUCCAGUGGUGACGAAAGGUCAAAGCAGAAAGGGGCAUGAUCUCUCUGUGGCACUUGAACUGGAGGAGAGGAAGACCCAGGAAAAUGCUGAGGUGGGAACCACCGGAGAGGUGCUCACCACAGCCCCAGCAGCAGGAGAAAAGCUGGAUGAGUUAAUCAUCAGAGAGGAACCCAGAGAGGUUCAGGAAACCUCUGCAACCCUGGAGCUUGGAGAAGGCACCCCAGAGGAGCAACCAGCGGAGCCCAGCACAGGCCGAGCGGGUGCCCCUCUGCCCCCCGCAGCUCCCGGAGAAGUGCCCCAGGAGAAGUCCCGGCAGCCAGGGCCUGGUGACCGGGGCCUGCUCUUACCCGUGAUAGUGGAGGGGGAGCUGCUGGAGACCUCGACAGAGUCUGCAAGACCAGCCCAGAUCAAGUUCAGCAAGAAGAUGUGCCUGGAGCAUGACGAGAAGCUGAUCUCCUAUCUCUCCAUGCUCCGAGAUAUUGAGAUGAGGAUUAAACGUGUGCAGCCAGCAGAGCAGAAUCUGGCCGCCCUGCAGGACCUGCUGCAGCAGGCUGAGGCCCUGGGCGCUGAGCUGCAGGAGCUCAGCUUUCCAGUGAAUCAGGAGUUGGACGCUGUGAAGUGGAUUGUGGCCAACCCGCCUGAAGAGGUCCCUGAGCAACUACUGAAGGCUUUGGAGAAGGAUGCCAAGAACCUCCAGAAGUCUCUGAGCUCCGCGAGUGAUAUCCUGGAGUCCCGGCUGCUAAACCUGCGUGGUGCAGCGGAAACCCAAAAGGCUAAAAUCAUGACGCAUCACGAGACUCUCCAGGGUAAACUACAGGAGCUGCUGAGCUGGGUCUCUGGCACUGCACAGUCGCUGGACGGCAGCGAUUACCACCAAGGAAUGGAUGCAAACAGCUUGAGUCGCUGCCUCCAACACUACAAGGAGCUGAAAGAGCCCCUUGCUGACACCAAGGCUCAGCUCGAUGCCACUGCCUUCGACAUCCAGUUCCUUAUCUCAGAGCAUGCCCAGGACUUGACCCCUCAGCAGAGCAGGCAGCUGCUGCGGCUGCUCAACGAGCUGCAGAAGGCAUUCCGGGACCUGUCGGAGCGCGUGGUGGCGCAGGUCGAGGUCCUGCAAGUCUGUCUCCAGCAAGUGGAGCAGACAGAUCAGGUGAAGACGCUGCAGGAGCAGCAGGCAGCACGCACCCAGAACCUGGCUGAGCUGAGCACCUGGCUGGAGGCAGCGGAGGACACGCUGGCUGAGCAGCAGCGGGCGGCCAGCGAAGGAGACCUGUCCACGUUGCAGCAGAGGCAAAGUGACGUGAAGGAGCUGCAGAGAAACAUGCACACCCGAGCCGCCUCCUUUGCCAGCGUCCUGAAAACCACAGAGGAGUUCUUGGAGGAGAACAAGACUAAGAUGGAGCCUGGGGAGCUGGCAGCACUGCAAGAGAAGCUUCAGCGUGCCAAGGAACAGUACCAGUCCCUGCAGGAGAGGACAGAGAUGGCCCAGAAGGAGCUGGAGAGUGCUGUCACUGCUGCAGUGCAGCAGGAGACUGAAAAGGUGAAAGCAGCCAAAGAGCUGGAGGAGAGCAGCAAUAAGAUCGAUUCCCUUCUGAGCUGGGUGGCAUCGCUGGAGCAAAAGGGCGAGCUCCUGGAGUACAGGCCACACCCCAUUGAGCCAGUGCCUGGGGUGCGAGCAGGGCAGGAUGCUCGGGACGUCCCUGACGGACACGUCAUGGGAGCAGACAGCACUGCUGAGAACCUGGACGAGCAGUACGAGAGGCUGAAGGCCCAGCACCAGGAACUGCUGUCCCAGCAGCAGGACGUCAUCCUGGCAACGCAGUCGGCGCAGGCUUUCCUGGACAAGCACGGCCACAGCUUGCCUGGGGAGGAGAGGUCCAGGCUGCAGGGCCAGCUGGCAGAGCUGAAGGACCGGUACGCGGCCUCCCUCGCCCAGUCAGAGACGCGGCUGAAGCAAGUACAGGUGCUGCGGGACGAGCUGCAGAAGUUCUUGCGGGACCACGGGGAGUUUGAGGCUUGGCUGAAGCAAGCGGAGCAGGACCUGGAGGGGAUGUACAAAGGGGACAGCAACCCCGCGUCCCUCCGGCAGCUGCUGCUGCGGCAGGGCAGCUUCUCAGAAGACGUGAUCUCUCACAAAGGGGACCUGCGGUUUGUCACCAUGUCGGGGCAGAAGGUGCUGGAUGCGGAGGGAGCUGCCAGGGAUGCAGGGUCCCAGCCUCUGGCCUCGGGAAGCGUGGUGAAGAGCAAGCUGGAGGAUGCAACCCAGCGAUACACCACGCUGCACUCCAAGUGCACCAAGCUUGGCUCCCACCUGAGCACCUUGCUGGAGCACUACCAGCAGUUCCAGGAGGUGGCAGAGUCUCUCAGGACGUGGCUGCAGGACAGCGAAGCUGCGGUUGGGAAACUGCUCUCAGAGACGGUUUCUUCAGAUCCUGCUGCUCUGCAGCAGCAGCUAGCCAGUGCCGGGCAGCUGCAAGGAAAUCUUGCUGAGCAUCAGGUGCCAGUGGAGAAGCUCCAGAAAGCAGCUCGUUCCCUACUGGAGAUACAAGGAGAACCAGCCCCUGACCACGGACACGUUCAGGAAACAACAGAUGCCAUCGUGAGCCGCUUCCAGAGCCUCUCCCAGCAGAUGGCCGAGCGCUCAGACCUGCUGCAGAGAUCCAUCGCCCAGUCCCAGAGCGUCCAGGAGAGCCUGGAGAGCCUCUUGCAGUCGGUGGCUGAGAUCGAGAAGAGCCUGGGGGGAGAGCAGCCGGCCACGCUCUCCUCUGCCUCCAUCCAGGACUCGCUGGCCAGCAACGCGAAGCUGAAGCAGGACAUUGCCAGGCAGAAGAGCAGCCUGGAAGCCACCCGCGAAAUGGUGACACGGUUCACGGAGGCAGCAGACAGUGCCACAGCCUCUGCCCUGCAGGGCAAGCUGGCCGAGGUGACAGAGCAUUUUGGCAGGCUGUGCCAGCAGCAGCAGGAGAAGGAGGAGGCGCUGAAGGGUCUCCUGCCGAAGGUUGAGCAAUAUGAGCAGCUCUCAGAGAAGCUGCAGCAGUUCACAGAGAGCAGAGCGCGGAUGUUGGCAUCUGGAAACCAGCCAGACCACGACAUCGCUCGCUUCUCCCAGCACAUCCAGGAGCUGAAUCUGGAGCUGAGGCAGCACCAGGAGGACCUGACGGCCCUGGAGCACCUGGCUACAGAGCUGGGCUCCUGCAGCUUUGCGCCCGGUGCCUCCCCCCAGCAGGAGAAGCUGCAGAGCCUGAAGAAAGAGUUCCUGCAGUUGCAGAAGGUGGCAGAGGAGAGAGAAAGGGAUGCAUCGUCCUGCCAGGAGCAACUGGACGAAUUCCGAAAGCUGGUUGGAGCCGUGAGGAAGUGGCUGAAGGAGAGUGAGGGCAAAAUGCCACCUGCAGAGACCUCGCUGGGCACCCAGGAGCUGCACAAACACAGGCAGCAGGUCCAGGAUCUCCUGGAGGAGUGGAUGGGGAAGGGGCCACAGGUGGAGGAGAUCGGCCGCAAGGGGACCCUCCUGGAGAACCUAAUCAUGGAGAUCACAGCCCCUGACAGCCAGGGCAAGGCGGGUUCUGUGCUGCCCGCUCUGGGAGGGCCGGUAGGCAGCGUGAACGGAUACCACACUUGCAAAGAUCUGACUGAGAUCCAGUGUGAUGUGUCGGAUGUAACCCAGCAGUAUGAGGGCCUUGGCGUGGCGCUGCGGGAACGCCAGCAGCAGCUCUCAGCCAUGCUGGAGAAGAUGCAAGAGGUGCAGGAGGAGGCAAGUGCCAUGCUCAAGUGGCUGGAGUCAAAGGAGCGCACGCUGUCAGAGCUGGAAGCCUCCUCCUCGCCCACCAAGACGGAGACGAUGAGAGCCCAGGCCGAGCACAACAAGGCAUUUCUGGCUGAAUUGGAACAGAAAUCAGAAAAGAUCCAGAAGGUAAAGGAAGCACUUUCUGGCUUGCUGGAGAAAUAUCCAGAUUCUCCGGAAGCAUCAAACUGGAAGAAGAUGCAGGAAGACCUGAAUUGCAGGUGGGAGCGAGCCAGCCAGGCAACGGCCGAGCGGCAGCAGAAGCUGGAGGAGUCGGCGAACCAGCUGGCCAGCUUCCAGGCUGCUGAGGCACAGCUGCGGCCCUGGCUGAUGGAGAAGGAGCUCAUGAUGAGCGUGCUGGGACCCCUCUCCAUCGACCCGAACAUGCUGAAUGCACAGAAGCAGCAGGUCCAGUUUAUGCUGAAGGAAUUUGAAGCUCGUAGACAACAGCAUGAGCAACUCAACCAGGCAGCUCAGAGCAUCCUAACUGGCCCUGGAGAUGUUUCUCCAUCCACUAACCAGGUGCGGGAAGAGCUCCAAGGGGUUAAUCAGAAAUGGUCCGAGCUAACAGAACGCCUCAACUCCCGCUCCAGCCAAAUUGAUCAAGCCAUAGUGAAGAGUACCCAGUACCAGGAGCUCCUGCAGGGCCUCUCCGAGAAGGUGAAGGCGGUUGGGCAGCGCCUGAGCAGCCAGUCUGCCGUCAGCACACAGCCUGAUGCCGUGAAACAGCAGCUGGAGGAAACCAGUGAGAUCCGCUCGGACUUAGAGCAGCUGGAAGAGGAGAUCACAGAGGCUCAGACCCUCUGUGAUGACCUGUCUGUUCUAAUUGGGGAGCAGUAUCUGAAAGAUGAGCUAAGGAAACGUCUGGAGACUGUGGCUCUUCCUCUCAAAGGGCUGGAAGACCUGGCAGCCGACCGGAUGAACCGAUUGCAGACUGCGCUUGCAAGUUCCCAGCAGUUCCAACAUAUGUUUGAUGAACUCAGGACCUGGCUAGAUGACAAACUGUGCCAGCAAGCUCAGAGCCAACCUAUUUCUGCUAAACUGGAGAGGCUACAGAGCCAAAUUCAAGAACAAGAGGAGUUCCAGAAGAGUCUCAACCAACACAGUGGCUCCUAUGAGAUGAUCGUAGCUGAGGGAGAAUCUUUGCUGCUUUCUGUCCAGCCUGGGGAGGAGAAGACCACUCUCCAAAACCAGUUGGUCAGCCUCAAAACACACUGGGAAGAGCUCAGCAAACAGGCUGCUGACAGACACUCUAAGCUCAAGGACUGCUUGCAGAAGGCUCAGAAGUACCAACGGCACACAGAGGACCUGCUGCCUUGGGUGGAGGACUGCAAGGCAAAGAUGUCAGAGCUGGAAGUGACUCUGGAUCCGGUGCAGCUGGAGGCAACUCUUCUGAGAUCAAAGGCCAUGCUGAGCGAUGUGGAGAAGCGCCGCUCCUUGCUGGAGAUGCUGAACAGUGCUGCUGACAUCCUGAUCGAUGCUUCUCAGACCGAUGAGGAUGACAUUCGGGAUGAGAAGGCUGGGAUCAAUCAGAAGAUGGAUGCCAUCACAGAAGAGCUGCAAGCCAAGACGGGCUCCCUUGACGAAAUGUCCCAGAGGCUCAAGGAGUUUCAAGAGAGCUUCAAGAACAUUGAGAAGAAGUUGGAAGGGGCAAAGCACCAGCUGGAGAUCUUUGAUGCAUUAGGGCCACAAGCCUGCAGCAACAAGAACUUGGAGAAGCUCAGGGCCCAGCAGGAGGUGCUGCAUGCCCUGGAACCACAAGUGGAUUAUCUGAAAAACUUCACUCAAGGUCUAGUAGAAGAUGCCCCAGAUGGGUCUGACUGUUCUCAGCUGUUAAACCAAGCUGAGGUGGCUCAGGAGGACUUUAAAGCUGUGAAGCAGAAAGUAAAUGACUGCUGCAUGCUCAUGGAAAACAAACUUGAAGGGAUCGGCCAGUUCAAUAGUCGGGUCAGGGAGAUGUUCUCUCAGCUGGCAGAUCUUGACGAUGAGCUAGACAGCAUGGGCCCCAUCGGGAGAGACUCUGAUAGCCUUCAGUCCCAAGCAGAGGACAUUCGUAUGUUCCUGGGCAAGCUCCACAGGCUGAAGUCUGACAUUGAGGCUUCUGAAAGUGAAUGCAAGAAAAUGCUUGAGGAUGAAGGGAGCCCUGAUUUAUUAGGACUGAAACGUGAAUUGGAGACGCUGAACAAACAGUGCAGCAAACUGACUGAGAGAGGCAAGAACCGUCAGGAGCAGGUAGAAACAACCCUGUCGCGUGUCGAGGACUUUUACAGCAGGCUGAAGGAGCUGACCCACAUGACAACAGCGGCAGAGGAGAAUGAGGCCUUGCAGUGGGUGGUGGGAACAGAGGUUGAAACCAUCAACCAGCAGUUGGCAGACUUCAAGCUGUUCCAGAAGGAGCAAGUGGAUCCUCUCCAGCUAAAACUGCAGCAAGUAAAUGGAGUUGGUCAAGGACUCAUCCAAAGCGCCGGGAAAAACUGUGAUGUCCAAGGGCUGGAACAUGACAUGGAAGAGAUCAACACCCGCUGGAACACCCUCAACAAGAAGGUGGCCCAGAGGAUCGCCCAGCUGCAGGAGGCCCUGCUGCGCUGCGGGAAGUUUCAGGACGCCCUGGAGCCCUUGCUGAGCUGGCUGGCUGACACCGAGGAGCUCAUCUCCAACCAGAAACCUCCCUCUGCCGAGUACAAGGUGGUGAAAGCCCAGAUCCAGGAGCAGAAGCUGCUCCAGCGACUUCUGGAUGAUCGCAAAGCCACUGUUGAGAUGAUCCAAGCUGAGGGCGGGAGGAUCGCGCAGUCGGCUGAGCCAGCAGACAGAGAGAAAAUCGUCUGCCAGCUGGAGAGCCUGGAGAGCAGAUGGGCAGGGCUGCUCUGCAGGGCGGCCGCCAGGCAGAAGCAGCUGGAGGACAUCCUGGUUCUGGCAAAGCAGUUCCACGAAACCACAGAGCCCGUUUCCGACUGGCUGUCGGUGACAGAGAAAAAACUGGCCAACUCUGAGCCCAUUGGUACCCAGACUGCCAAAAUCCAGCAGCAGAUCAGCCGGCACAAGGCUCUAGAGGAAGAGAUAGAAAGCCAGGCGUCCGACGUGGCUCAGGCAGUCAGAGUCGGGCAGAGCCUCUCCGCCCUGAGCUGUGCCGCCGAGCAGAGGCUGCUGGCAGAGAAGCUGGACUCUCUGCAGGGCCGCUACGGCGAGGUCCGUGAGCGGUGCUGCCGGAAGGCAGCGCUGCUGGAGCAGGCCCUGUGUAACGCGAGGCUCUUUGGGGAGGAGGAGGUGGAAGUGCUCAACUGGCUGGCUGAGGUUGAGGACAAGCUCGGCUCGGUAUCCGUAAAGGAUUACAAACGGGACGUCCUGCAGAAGCAGCAUGCUGACCAGCUGGCUUUGAACGAGGAAAUUGUGAACAGGAAGAAGAAUGUGGACCAGGCCAUUAGAAAUGGACAGGCUCUUCUGAAGCAAACUACAGGGGAGGAGGUGUUGCUCAUCCAAGAGAAGCUGGAUGGAAUUAAGACCCGCUACUCGGACAUCACCGCCACCAGCUCCAAGGCGCUGCGCACACUGGAGCAGGCUCGCCAGCUGGCCACCAAGUUCCAGUCCACACACGAGGAGCUCAACUCCUGGAUGAGCAAAGUAGAGGAAGAGCUGGCGUCCAGCGGGGGACAGUCCCCAGCUGGCGAGCAGAUACCGCAGUUCCAGCAGAGGCAGAAGGAGCUGAAGAAGGAGGUGAUGGAGCAGCGGCUCGUUCUGGACACAGUGAACGAGGUGAGCCGAGCACUGCUGGAGCUGGUGCCCUGGCGAGCCCGCGAGGGGCUGGAUAAACUAGUCUCGGACACCAACGAGCGCUACAAGCUGGUCAGCGACACCAUCAAGCAGCGGGUGGAGGAGAUAGAUGCUGCUAUUCAGAGGUCUCAGCAGUACGAGCAGGCGGCUGACGCGGAGCUGGCCUGGGUUGCUGAGACCAAGCGGAAGCUGAUGGCUCUCGGUCCCAUUCGGCUGGAGCAGGACCAGACGACGGCCCAGCUGCAGGUGCAGAAGGCUUUUUCCAUCGACAUUAUUCGGCACAAAGACUCUAUGGAUGAACUGUUCAGCCAGCGCAACGAGAUCUUCGGGACGUGUGGGGAAGAACAAAAAGCUGUUCUCCAGGAGAAAACAGAGUCCCUGGUGCAGCAAUACGAAGAUGUGAGCCAGCUCAACUCAGAGCGCUACGCUCGUCUGGAGCGUGCACAGGUCCUGGUGAACCAGUUUUGGGAGACCUACGAGGAGCUGAACCCUUGGAUUGAGGAAACACAGGCCCUGAUCUCACAGCUGCCCCCUCCAGCCAUCGACCACGAGCAGCUCAAGCAGCAGCAGGAGGACAUGCGGCAACUGAGAGAGUCUAUUGCUGAACAUAAGCCUCACAUUGACAAGCUGCUGAAAAUCGGACCACAGCUCAAGGACCUCAACCCUGAGGAAGGGGAGAUGGUGCAGAAAAAAUACUCCACAGCAGAGGCCAUGUACGCCAAAAUCAAGGAGGAGGUGUGUCAGCGGGCUCUUGCGCUCGAUGAAGCUGUCUCACAGUCCACUCAGAUUACAGAGUUCCAUGACAAGAUCGAGCCGAUGCUGGAGACACUGGAGACCCUCUCCUCCCGCCUGCGCAUGCCGCCCCUCAUUCCUGCUGAGGUCGACAAGAUCCGGGAGUGCAUCAGCGAGAACAAAAACGCCACGGUGGAGCUGGAGAAGCUGCAACCCUCCUUUGAGGCUCUGAAACGCCGCGGGGAAGAGCUGAUUGGCAGAUCACAGGGAACGGACAAGGACCUGGCAGCAAAAGUAAUCCAGGAUAAGUUGGAUCAGAUGGUCUUCUUCUGGGAGGACAUCAAAGCCCGGGCAGAGGAACGUGAGAUGAAGUUCCUUGAUGUCCUGGAGCUUGCAGAGAAGUUCUGGUAUGACAUGGCAGCCCUCCUGACUACCAUCAAAGACACACAGGAGAUCGUUCAUGACCUGGAGAGCCCAGGCAUUGACCCGUCCAUCAUCAAGCAGCAGGUGGAAGCAGCAGAGACUAUUAAGGAGGAAACGGAUGGCUUGCAUGAAGAGCUGGAGUUCAUCCGACUCCUUGGAACUGAUUUAAUUUUUGCCUGUGGUGAAACUGAGAAACCAGAAGUGAAAAAGAGCAUUGAUGAGAUGAACAAUGCGUGGGAAAAUCUAAACAAAACUUGGAAGGAAAGGCUUGAAAAGCUCGAAGAAGCCAUGCAGUCGGCUGUGCAGUACCAAGAUACUCUUCAAGCCAUGUUUGACUGGCUGGAUAAUGCUGUGAUUAAACUCUGCAACAUGUCUCCUGUCGGCACUGACCUCAACACAGUUAAGGAGCAAAUGAACGAGAUGAAGGAGUUUAAAAUGGAGGUUUACCAGCAGCAGAUUGAGAUGGAAAAGCUUAAUCACCAAGGUGAACUGAUGCUAAAAAAAGCUACAGAUGAGACAGACAGAGACAUCAUAAAGGAGCCACUGACAGAGCUGAAACAUCUCUGGGAGAAUUUGGGCGAGAAAAUUGCUCACAGACAGCACAAGCUAGAAGCUGCUCUUCUGGCACUUGGACAGUUCCAGCACGCAUUAGCAGAGCUGAUGGCGUGGCUGACCCACACUGAGGAGUUGCUCGAUGCACAGAAGCCCAUCAAUGGAGACCCAAAAGUCAUUGAGGUUGAACUUGCAAAGCACCAUGUGCUGAAGAAUGAUGUCUUGGCCCACCAAGCAACUGUGGAGACGGUGAAUAAAGCAGGCAACGAGCUCCUGGAGUCAAGUGCAGGGGACGAUGCCAGCAGCCUGCGGAACCGCCUGGAGAAGCUGAACGCAUGCUGGGAGUCAGUGCUGCAGAAGACAGAGGAGAGGGAGCAGCAGCUGCAGUCCACCCUCCAGCAGGCCCAGGGUUUCCAUGGUGAGAUUGAAGACUUCCUCCUGUGGCUAACGAGAAUGGAGAGCCAAUUGUCUGCAUCGAAGCCCACGGGAGGUCUGCCAGAAACUGCCCGGGAACAGCUCAAUGCCCACAUGGAGUUGUAUGGCCAGCUGAAAGCCCAGGAGGAUGUGUACAGCCAGCUGCUGGCCAAGGGGCGACUGAUGCUGCUGAACCGCGACGACUCAGGCUCCGGCUCCAAAACGGAGCAGAGCGUAGCGCUGCUGGAGCAGAAGUGGUGUCUGGUCAGCACCAAGAUGGAGGAGAGAAAGGCAAAGCUGGAGGAGGCACUUGCCCUGGCCACAGACUUCCAGAACUCCCUCCAGGACUUCAUCAACUGGCUGACGCUGGCUGAGCAGAGCCUGAACAUCGUGCCCCCACCCAGCCUCAUCCUCAGUGCCGUGCUGGCCCAGAUUGACGAGCACAAGGUGUUCGCUAACGAAGUGAACGCUCAUCGGGAUCGCAUCAUUGAGCUGGACCAAACUGGGAACCAGCUGAAGUUUCUCAGUCAAAAGCAGGACGUGGUGUUGAUCAAGAAUCUGCUGGUGAGCGUCCAGUCCCGCUGGGAGAAGGUCGUGCAGCGCUCAGUGGAGCGGGGCCGGGCUCUUGAUGACGCCAGGAAGCGAGCCAAGCAGUUCCACGAAGCUUGGAAGAAACUGAUUGAUUGGCUGGAGGAUGCAGAGAAUCACCUGGAUUCCGAGCUGGAGAUUUCCAAUGAUCCUGACAAAAUCAAGCUCCAGCUCUCCAAACACAAGGAGUUCCAGAAGACACUGGGUGGAAAGCAGCCUGUCUACGACACCACCAUCAGGACGGGCAGAGCCCUCAAAGAAAAAGCCUUGCUUCCAGAUGACACUCAAAAGCUGGACAAUUUACUGGGAGAAGUCCGGGAUAAAUGGGACACAGUGUGUGGCAAAUCUGUGGAAAGGCAGCACAAGCUGGAAGAAGCCCUCUUGUUCUCUGGCCAGUUCAUGGAUGCACUGCAGGCCUUGGUGGACUGGCUGUACAAGGUGGAGCCCCAGCUAGCUGAAGACCAGCCUGUCCACGGUGACCUGGACCUAGUCAUGAACCUGAUGGAUGCUCACAAGGUCUUCCAGAAGGAGCUGGGGAAGCGCACAGGGACUGUCCAGGUGCUCAAGCGUUCCGGCCGGGAGCUCAUCGAGAACAGCCGGGAUGACACCACCUGGGUGAAAGUGCAGCUGCAAGAGCUGAGCAACCGCUGGGACACUGUGUGCAAGCUGUCUGUGUCGAAACAAACACGCCUGGAACAGGCCUUGAAGCAGGCAGAGGAGUUCAGGACGGCCGUGCACAUGCUGCUGGAGUGGCUCUCGGAGGCAGAGCAGUCCCUGCGCUUUCGGGGAGCACUUCCCGAUGAUGCUGAGGCGCUGCAGUCCCUCAUUGACGUUCACAAGGAGUUCAUGAAGAAAGUGGAGGAGAAGAGGGUGGACGUGAACACAGCAGUGGGGAUGGGAGAGGUCAUCCUGGCUGCCUGCCACCCUGACUGCAUCACCACCAUCAAGCACUGGAUCACCAUCAUCCGGGCCAGGUUUGAGGAGGUUCUCACGUGGGCCAAGCAGCACCAGCAGAGGCUGGAGUCUGCGCUUUCAGAGCUGGUGGCGAACGCAGAGCUUCUGGAAGAGCUCCUGGCCUGGAUCCAGUGGGCUGAGACCACCCUGAUUCAGCGGGAUCAGGAGGCAAUGCCACAAAACAUCGAUCAGGUCAAAGCCCUCAUCACUGAACACCAGUCCUUCAUGGAGGAGAUGACGCGGAAACAGCCGGAUGUGGACCGGGUCACCAAGACGUACAAGAGGAAAGCUACUGAGCCCCCUCAUGGGCCAUUCAUCGACAAGUCCCGUAGCAACAGAAAAUCUUUGAGCCAGGCUGCUCCCCCUGCAAUGCCCAUUAUCUCCCAGUCGGAAACGAAGAACCCCCGGAUUAACCAGCUCUCGGCCCGCUGGCAGCAGGUCUGGCUGCUGGCGCUGGAGCGGCAGCGGAAGCUCAACGAUGCCCUGGACCGGCUGGAGGAGUUGAAGGAGUUCGCAAACUUCGACUUUGAUGUCUGGCGGAAGAAGUACAUGCGCUGGAUGAACCACAAGAAGUCCCGCGUCAUGGACUUCUUCCGGCGCAUUGACAAAGACCAGGAUGGGAAGAUCACCCGGCAGGAGUUUAUCGAUGGCAUCCUGGCCUCUAAAUUUCCCACCACGAAGCUGGAGAUGACCGCGGUGGCCGACAUCUUUGACCGUGACGGCGACGGCUACAUCGAUUACUAUGAGUUUGUGGCUGCUCUCCAUCCGAACAAGGAUGCCUACCGCCCAACCACUGACGCAGACAAAAUUGAAGACGAGGUCACCAGGCAAGUGGCCCAGUGCAAGUGUGCCAAGAGGUUUCAAGUGGAGCAGAUCGGCGAGAACAAAUACCGGUUCUUCCUCGGCAAUCAGUUCGGCGAUUCCCAGCAGCUGCGGCUGGUCCGCAUCCUGCGGAGCACGGUCAUGGUCCGCGUUGGUGGAGGAUGGAUGGCCCUGGAUGAGUUCUUGGUGAAGAACGAUCCUUGCAGAGCACGAGGACGGACCAACCUUGAACUUCGAGAGAAAUUCAUCUUGCCAGAGGGGGCCUCCCAGGGAAUGACACCAUUCCGGUCGCGGGGCCGGAGAUCAAAGCCAUCCUCCCGGGCUGCCUCCCCAACUCGGUCCAGUUCCAGUGCCAGCCAGAGCAACCACAGCUGCGCCUCCAUGCCAUCGUCUCCUGCAACCCCAGCCAGUGGAGCCAAGACUCCACAUCACUUCUCUCGAUGUUAUGACAAACCCUGGUUGAUAAACAGUAAAGCGGGCACCCCUCUGAGGGGAUUCGAUUAUUCCGACUUCCAGCUCUCGAGCUCUGAGGUGACCCCGGCCACGGGCAGCAAGCUGAAGCGCCCCACCUUCCACUCCAGCCGGACCUCGCUGGCGGGGGACACCAGCAACAGCUCCUCGCCAGCCUCCACGGGUGCCAAAACCAGCCGGGCAGAUCCCAAAAAGACAGCCAGUCGUCCCACCAGCCGUGCCGGGAGCCGUGCGGGCAGCCGGGCAAGCAGCCGGCGGGGAAGCGACGCCUCCGAUUUCGACCUGCUGGAAACGCAGUCGGCAUGCUCGGACACUUCAGAGAGCAGCGUAGCCGGCGGGCAAGGCAGCUCACGCCGGGGCAUGGCAAAACCCUCCAAAAUCCCAACCAUGUCCAAGAAAACAACCACUGCCACCCCAAAAACUCCAGGCCCUAAGAGAUAAUACUGUACCCACGCCCUCCUGAAAGAAAACCCAACCUGUGUCCAAUUUUUAACCCUACUACGUACAUUGGAUGUAUAUUUAUUCUAAAUGGGAGAAACUAUAUUGUUAAAAGUGUAAAAGAAAGUUGUGUUAUGGAAGCUGCCUUAUUUGUUUUUUUCCUUUUUUGUAAGUUACUAUUUUCAUGUGAAUAUUUAUGUAGAUAAAAAUUGCCUCUUGGCGACCCCUGUUCAGAGAGGGGCCUGGAAAACUGAGAUGUGGGAAGGAAAGAAAUUAAAAAAAAAAAAAAAAAAAAAAAAAAAAAAAAAAGGAAGCAAAAAAGGUCAAGAUGUGAAAGUGUAAAGAAAAACUAAACUAUAAAUAGGAUUUCUGCGCGGUGCAGGGUGUGAACCUGCUUUAUCUUUUAGGAUUGUUUCCUAAAUGCAUCUUUAUAAACUUAACUUGCUGUCUCAGCAAGGUAAAUUAUAUUUAAAAACAAAGACCUGAAUCCUACAGUGUUCAAGGAACUCUCUUUUGUAAAUCACAGAUACCUCAAGCAGAGAAACAUGAGGUGAGGGGAUUUGGGGCUUAUGUUUCCAUUUUUUUAAAGCUAUGUGAUUUUACCUGAAGAAAGCAGAGUUUGACAAUAAAAUUUGCACACACUACAGCUAAGGUCAUUAUAACUGCUGUCUUUAAAAUACUGUCCCGGCAACUUUGUUUUUAAAGAACAAAAAAUGCUGAUGGGUUUGGGGAGGGGGUUCACGAUAACACUGUCCAGAAGAGAGCACGCUGGUAAGAUUGCAGGUUUGGAUCACCGACACAUCCCUUAGCGGUGGUGGGUCCCGCGGGUUAGAGGAUUCUUCUGGGUUGGUGGCCUGAGAGAUGACCCACCUUGUUCCUUACAGGACUGCUAUUUAUCUGCAUCUCUUUUCCUAUUUAUUAUUUAACUGGUCAUUCCACUUCCAACCAAGCUGAGAUUGAUGUGACCUCUGCUCCUAGAAGAAAUCUGGACUUACACGCACAGUUGCUUGUCCUUGAAAUGAGUCUCACCAGCACACUCGCUACAAGUCCUGUCUGGCUUUUGUACGCUACUUUUUCUUUGUAAUAAAAUUGAACUGACCGAGUGACCAGGAGACAGGUGGAGGGAGAGGGCUCAGCAGAGCCCCUGUAUUUAUUAAAUAAUGUUCCUCCGGCUCUGACCAUGUUGCUGUGUGAUUCUCUCAAUUGGUUUAAAUUGAGGCAAAACUGAAGCUCUACCAAUGAAUUGUUUAAAAACCAGACACAUUUUUGUAUUAAAAUUGCUUGCGGUAAUAAACAAUCUUGCCUCCUACUUUA